AUGGAGGUUUUCAAGAAGCUCCACAUUAACAUACCCUUUGCCGAUGCUUUGGAACAAAUGCCCUUAUAUACAAAAUUCACGAAGGAUAUCUUGCAUAAGAGGAGAUGGUUGAAGGAUGUGGACGAGACAGUAGUGCUAACUGAGGAGUGUAGUGCCAUUUUACAGAGAAAGAUGCCAAAAAAGAGAAGAGACCCCGGAAGCUUUACAACUCCGGUGGUGGUUGAAGGUGUGACGGAGGUUGAGGCCUUGUGUGAUCUAGGAGCGAGCAUCAACUUGAUGCCGCUUACCAUGUAUGAAAGGCUGAACCUUGGUGAAGUUACUCCUCCGACUAUGCUUUCAUUGCAAAUGGCGGACCAUUCUUUGAAGACUCCCUAUGGUAUAGUGGAGGAUGUGAUGAUAAAAGUGGAUAAGUAUGUCUUCUCGGUGGAUUUUCUUGUGCUUGAUAUGGAAGAGGAUGAGAAGAUUCCUCUGAUUCUUGGGUGA